AUGCAGUACUCCCUCGCUGUCCUCGCCCUCGCUGCGGCUGCGGCUGCUUCGCCUUUUCCCCAGGGCGUCACCGAGGAGAUCGCUCCUGAGGCGUCUGCCCCGGCUGGCUGCCAAGUAUCCUACCCUGGUGAAUUCCAGGUCACCGUUGUCAAUGCCACAACUGCCAACAAGGUCAAGCGCCAAGAAUCUGGCGGCCCGGCCGAUACCGUACUCACCCUCAGUCUCGAGGACGGUAUUCUGACCGACCAGCAAGGCCGCACCGGCUACAUUGCCUCGAACUUCCAGUGGCAGUAUGACGCCCCGCCCCAGGCAGGCGCCAUCUACACCGCUGGCUUCUCCGUCUGCGAGAACGGCAGCCUAGCCCUCGGCGGCUCCGCCGUCUUCUACGGCUGCGACAGCGGCGACUUCUACAACCUCUACGACCGCAACUGGGCUGACACCUGCUCGCCCAUUUACAUCGUCGCCGUUGACAGCGGCAGCGGCUCCGCUACCCAGAGCGCCGAUGGCCAGCCUGCUGCUUCCACCGGUGCCUCUGUCCGCCCUGACGGCCAGCCCGUGGCUACAUCUGGUGCCCCAGUUCGCUCUGAUGGCCAGCCGAUCGCCACGUCCGCCGCCUCGGUCGCUCCGGUCCGCAGCGAUGGCCAGCCCAUUGCUUCCUCCGCUGCCGACGUAGCCCCUGUCCGCUCGGAUGGUCAGCCGAUUGCUUCCUCCGCUGCCGACGUUGCCCCUGUCCGCUCGGACGGCCAACCCAUCGUCUCCUCCGCCGGGUCCGCUGUCCCGGUCCGUAGCGACGGCCAGCCAAUCGCUACAUCCGCUGCUUCGGUUGUGCCAGUCCGCUCGGACGGCCAGCCGAUCGCGACCUCUGCUGCCUCGGUCGUCCCCGUCCGCAGCGACGGUCAGCCCAUCGCUUCCUCCGCUGCGUCCGUCGUACCGGUGCGCUCUGACGGCCAGCCGAUCGCCUCGUCUGCCGCCUCAGUUGUGCCCGUCCGAUCCGACGGCCAGCCGAUUGCCACCUCCGUUGGCAAUGCCUCCGCCACCGCUACCCCCCAACCCUUCUUGGGUGGUGCCAGCGGCAUGGGCGUCAGCAGCCUCUUCGGCCUCAUCGCCGCUGCUGGUGUCGCUGUUGCCAUGCUUUAA